GUCCUACACAGUCUCUCUAGGAGUUCACAACUUCCGAGACAAUAAAAAAGUACAGCGUAUAUCUGCGGAAAAAGCAUUUCCACAUAAAGACUACGAUCCUAUUAAUCACAAAAAUGACAUGAUGCUUCUUAUGUUGAAUUCCAAGGCACAUUUCAACAAAAAUGUGCAACCCAUUGCUCUCGCAGUACAAGAUGAUGGCUCUCUGCCUAAAUCAUGUAUAGUCUCUGGCUGGGGAAAAAGAGACAGCAGUGACUAUAUGUCUCCAGUACUCAUGGAAGUCAAUGUAACACUCACUGACAAUGAGCUGUGUGCCCAGAAUGAGUGGUACUGCUCUGAUGGAGACGCUGGGCCGGGGAAGGGAGACUCUGGUGGUCCAUUGGUCUGUGAGGAUGGAAAGGCGUAUGGGGUGGUGUCCUUCAAAUACAAACCAGCGGCAGAUGAACCGCCUCUAAACUGCUAUACUAAGAUACCUGAGUAUAGAAACCAGAUCGAUUGGAUUUCGGAACAUAUGUCCUAU